UCUGCCUGUCGCUGAAUAGCACUGUUGUGCGUGCACAUGUGACUACAGAAGGCGCUUACUGGUAUUUAAAAAUCAUCGAUCGGGUGCUGAAGUGGACAGCUCCUCAUGCAGAUAAAACAAACCAAAACAACAAUGGCUCGCUUUGCUCCUCGCGGACGCUGAAUGGCGAACCUAACUUGUCCGGCAGCGCAUUUUCUUUGAACAUUUAUUUUAAGCUGCUGAAGAGAAAAGGCGCCGAGCUCUCUACGCAAACGGUUAGGCGGAUGUUGUAACACCUGUGGCUGAAUCGGGAUCGCAAUUUCAUAAAAGGGUGGUUGGAUUGUUUCACGUUCGCAUCCGUCCUGCAGGAGACGGGCUGCGGAGCCGUAUGAUCUCGUGUGGGAAAACACAAAGGUAAUCUAAAGCCUUUUAGGCUACGGGGGCAUUAAUUUCUAAGCCACUCUCUGUAUCCACUUGCACAGGAAGGAGCAUGGAUAGAGAAGAAUUUUCUCUCACCAGUGCGUUGAGUGGAUUUGGAGAGCGGCUGGUGAGCUCCCGUGGAAACUAAACCGAGGUCAGUGGCUAAAGCAUUGUUCGAAUAAGCGCGCUGUUUGCAGCUCCCCGUUUUUAAUCAUUUCAUAUUUUCUAAGAAGGAUAUAGAUUUUUUUUUUUAUCAGUCAUGGGGAAAGAGGAAUGCAAAACAAUGCUGGACGCUUUGAACAAAGUGACCGCCUGCUACAGGCAUUUGGUCAUCGCUCUUGGGAGCACUUCGGACUCUCAAAACCUGCGAGAGGAGCUGAAGAAGACCCGCAAAAAGGCCCAGGAGCUGGCGGUGGCCAACAGGACUAAACUGACUUCUUUGCUCAAAGAUAAGACCAUCAGCAAAGAGGAUCGGGCCGAGUACGAGCGCCUGUGGGUGCUGUUCUCUAGUUGCAUGGAGCUUCUUGAGGUGGACAUGAAAAGGUCCUUAGAGAUAGCACAGGAUUUCCCCCUCAAGGUGCCCACAAGACACCUCAUCCAGACAGGGAUGACCGGCAGCACCACUACGGUGGCGGCCCGGGCCAUGAGCGUGCAGAAUAUGAAGUACGAGGCGGACAGCAAUAUCGACACGGCAGACCUCAGAGACCUACAGGCCGAGAUCACCCAGGUGAGCCAGAUGAUGGAAGAGAUGGAGAUGAAGGUGCAGGUGGCGCCGUGGGCUGUGGAGGCGAAGCAGGAGGCAGGCGCUGAGCUCAAGUCCAACAUGAGUGUCGGGAAUUCCUCAGUGGGUGUCAUCUCGAUCUGCGAAGAAGAGCCGAAAGAAGAAGAAGGUGGCGGAGGGAGCAGGGAGACUGGUUUUGCGUCAAUCUGCGCUGUGAUUGGAUUCUUUGUCAUCGUUAUAGUCGCCUUGGUUCUAGGCUAUUUGGUCGUCAAUAUGUGAACUGUCUAACCAAAAGCCCACCCUGAUGGACAUCCUGUGAAGCUGUCCAGGGAGCGGUAAGACUCUGCAGGCCCAUAAGAAAGAGAAAGAGCGUCUUUUUGGGCUUGAAAAAUAAUGUGGAUACAGAGAAGUUAUUAAGCUUUCCUGGAUUUGUGAAUGUAUUUGGCAGAGAUGAGAAAUUGCACUAGAUAAGCUAAAAUGUACUAGAACAAUAUAGCCAAAGUGUGAAAAUAAUGUGAGUGAGGUAGAAAAAGUAUGUUUGGGGGGAGGGCCAGUGGACCAUUUAUUUUUGGAAGAGGGUGGGAAAAAAGGUCAUAAAAUUACGUGACAGAGUCUAGCCAUCAGGAUGAUAUAAACAACACGUAAUCCAAGUGGAUUAGUGGAAAAGCUCAAGCAGAAAUGUAGCCUACGGUUAACUAUUCUCAUAAUGUUCUGUGGAUUGAUGCUUUGCAUCCAGAAAAGUUAAAUCUGCUCAAACAAACAGGGGGGCCUCUAAAAAACGGUUGUCUUAUUGAAACUAUAGUGGAAGCCAGCACAGUUAAUCUCUGCUCCUCAAACCACACUGGUCGGAUGUUAUCAAAUCUGCACUCUUCUACACUCCUUUCAGCACCGUUUUAAUGCGUCAUAAUAAUCUGUAUAGCCAGAUUGCAAUAGGCCUGCAUCUUACUUUACUGCAUCAAAUCACAAUGUGCUUGAUGAGAGCCUUGGGACCGAAGACAUGUUCACAGUCUUUUAAUAACGCACCCAUUCACUGUAAGCCUGCUCAUGUUCCUUUUCAGGGUUUUCUUGCACAGUGUUGAAUGUACAUUGCAACAUGAAUAGAAGGUUUGUAUAUACUGCUGUUUCAGAAAAUGUACAUACGAUCAAGUAUAUUUAUUAUAAUAAAACUUUGA